CCAGCCCCGCCCCGCCCGUCUGGUGGCCAGGCGGCUGUUCAGUGCCCAGAACAACCUCGACUAGUAAGAACAGUUGUACUAUGGAAAGCCCUUCAGACCUCUGUUGUACUGAAGAAGGAUGUAGCAGCAGCAUAGUUCUUGAAAAGCAAGUUUUCAGAUCCAAAGUGCCAGAAUCACAUGUUCAGCUGGCUUGUAGCCUGCAGUACUGUGCUUUUCCACUGAAUGGGAAUGAACUUUGCAUCCUGAAUACUACUGAUGACACUGAGCAGCAGCCAUUGCAUUUAACAGGUCAUCACCAUUCAAUUACUGCACUGGCAUUUGGGAGCAAACUCAGUCCACUACUCAUUUGCUCUGCUUCACGUGACUAUGUGAUAAUAUGGAAUCUGGAUGAGUGUAUGAAGAAGGUGCUACAAGGGUUAAUGCCAGAAGGUGUCAUUAUAGGAACACUUCUGGGAAUGGUGCUUUAUGUCCGAUUUAGUCCUGAUGAUCAGACUGUGGCAGUAUGUGCUGGCAAUCGGAUUUAUAUGUUAAAUGCAACGGAUGAAGCUAUACUCGCUGAACUGGAGGGCCAUCUGGCUCCGGUAACAGCUGCAGAAUUUUGUACUUGGGAGAAAAAUAUGCUUAUUUCAGUUUCUGAAGACAGAUGUUUCAAGGUAUGGAACUAUUGUACUGGAUUGUUGAUAUAUCAAUCAGCAGUAAUAACAGCAUUUCCUCUUCUAAGUCUGUUUAUCGAUGAAGAAAAUAAGCAGAUUAUCACUGGAUGUGCAGAUGGACAGCUGUGGAUCUUCAGCUUAAAUAGUGGGCAUCAGUAUCGCUGUGUAGUUCGUAUCGAUGUAAAGAAAGAGAGAGAGAAGUUUUACAACAAAAUGAAGAAACGAGGGCAUUUGGAUGAUAUUCAAAAUACUUCUAAGGUAUAUUCUUCAAGUAAUUUAAAAGAUAAAGAAACAGUGGAAACUACCUUUCCAGUUUUACAAAUUGAACACUGUAAUAAGUUUGCAAGUUUCUGUGAUGAAGAACAUGGUUUUACUCCUGUGAAUGCCCGAUGCUUGUGGAUCGGAAGCUCUACUGGUUUAUUCAUAAUAAACAUGGCAAACUUUGAACUGGAAGCCGUUUUACACUAUUCCGAUUUCAGUGCCCUCAGCAUUCAGUUUUCUGGAUCAUGUGCUUUAUCAGGGACCACAGUCAAUGGUAAGGUUUUCUGUUUGCUAACUUCAAUGUUUGAAAAUAGAAUUGCCUUACUGGAAAUUAAUGUUACUGCUCUGCUGAGAUCACAGGAAAAUCAACUCCUUGUAAGUGGAAGAGAAAAUAGCUUUUCAGUUGUUGCCAGGUGCUCUCUCCUGCCAACUUCUCCCUUAUUUCUGAAGAGAGAGAAUAGCAAACUUGCAAAAAUGAAAAGUGUUAAAAGCCCAAUAAAAGACCAGCCACUUGUUUUCCAUAAUAAAAUUAAGUCAUCAGGCUACACAGCAGCACCACAAAUGACUAUGUUUUCUCCAAAGACUAACACAAAGCAAAACAAUUCAACAUCAAAGUGCAAGAGAAGUUGCAAGCGAAAUAAAGAAGAAUAUCCACUUGCACACUCUCUUCCAAACAAAUUCCAGAGGCAGGUUAAUGUAACUGAUAAAUCAACUUCUGUAUGCUGUAUUCAAUAUUCAGGAGAUGGAGAGUUGUUGGCUUGUGGCUUAGGUGAUACAACAUUGCUGGCAUUCAGUGCAAACCUUACAGGAACACCAACUGUUUAUUCAGGGCAUGAUGGUGCUGUUAAUUCAGUUGGUUGGAGCCAUGACACCAACUGGCUGGUUUCAUCUUCUGAAGAUAGAACAUUGAGGAUCUGGUCAGUCCGGAGUGCAGAACCUGUUUUAUAUCUGGGGAAGGAAAUUUUUCACAAACCUAUCAGAUCGGCCCAGUUUUAUUAUAUAGAUGCAUUUAUUUUAUUGUCUUGUGGAGCAGAGUUUUACUUGUUGAGAUAUCACCUUGACACCAGCAAGGAUGAGAUUAAACGAUACAGACGUAAGAGCAUUUGCAAAUCCAUACAGAAAUUUCCCAUGGCGUCUACUGUGGAAAUUUCCAGCCUUUCAGCUGUAAAUGAAUUCUAUUCUUAUAUUGUACUGGCAGCUGGUAGUAAUCGAGCACUGGAAGUAUUUGACCUCAAUGUGGGAUAUAGUGCAGCAGUGAUAACUGAUGUUCAUUCACGAUCGGUUCACCAAAUCUGCCAAAACAAGGGAUCAGCUUUUAGCAGUCAGCCUAGUGAUGCUUACAAUCUUUUCUUAACAACAGCUAUUGGUGAUGGCAUCAAACUCUGGGAUUUAAGGACAUUGAGGUGUGAGCGUCGCUUUGAAGGCCAUAGCUGUCACUGUCACCCUUGUGGAAUUUCUCUGUCUCCCUGUGGACGAUUCAUUGCCUGUGGAUCUGAAGAUAAAUGUGCUUAUAUAUAUGAGAUGUGUUCAAGCACCUAUUCCCAUAAAUUGACAGGACACACUGAAUCUGUAAUCAAUGUGGCAUUUUGCCCUUCAUCUCCCCAGCUUACCACAGCCACUUUGGAUGGCAAGCUGCACUUGUUCCUGCCUUGAGGACAAUUCAUGUGGAAACCCUUUGAGAACAACCUCCUUGAAAUAAGGGAAAAGACUGGUCACUGGGCAAGCUGCAACUUGUUUCUAUUAAAUAUAGCCUUCCAGAUUAUUUCCAUUUUUUGUUACCCCUUGGGGAUUUGCUUAAAGGUUUACUGCUGGAAAGCCAUGCCUGGAAAGGCUCAGUAUUCUCAAUAUACUAAAUAAUUUUCUGCUUGAUAGGAGCAUUAUAGUGCAUAAGUUACCUUGCAGUAUAGCUUCAGAACUGCUACAGAGUAGGUGCUUUAUUUGGUUCUGUUGGAUCCCAUAAGCUCUACCCAGUAUAUCUCAGUUUAUUAUUUGUCCAGGAACAUUGAGGUUUAAAAAAUAUACGUCUAGCAAUAUGUUUACAAUUUCUGUUGUAUUUUGUUGGUUCUUUAGAAGGUUACCUCAGACUAGACCUUUAAAAAUUCAGCAUUUCAACCCCAAGACACUGGCCUACAAAUCAGCUAUAGAUUGCCUUUCUGACAUCUUUCAGUAACACCCAGUCCUCAAUAUUAAAAUGACAUUUUAGUUAUUAAUUUUCUUGCCUGUUGAUUCAACCAUGGGGAAAACCUGAGAUUGGGCGUUUCCCUUGUAUUUUACUUUGCAAGUAACCCUCUGCAGUAUUUCAGAUUCCAGUGGCUAUGACACUCAACUGCCCUUCAAGAUGUGUUUAAUUUUAUGAAGCUGAAUUGCAUUUCUGUCCCCUUCUUCUGCCUUUGAUGAAUGAGGGGAAAACAUAGCUUGCACAUUUCCAACAGAGAUUGCUCAACAUGUCAGUGUGGUAUACUAAUCUUUUACAGAAAUUCUUUAAGCUAAUUUUGAGGCAAGCUGUUUGCAGAACUACGCACUGUGUGACAUCAAUUUCAGAAUUGUUUCCCCAAUCCCAUCAGGAUCAGGUUAAAGGGAAAAUGCAAAUUCUGAUAAGAACAGAAAUACCAGUGAUGAGCCCAAUCAAACCAAAGGUCAGAUCUGUUUCACUGCAGCAUUGUGAACUUAAUAACCAUGUGCUAUCAGAUCAGCUAAAGUUUAUGGCAAUCCUCUCCCAAGGUUUUCCAGGUAUGAAGACUUCAGAAAUUCUUAAAUAGCCCUCCUUCUCAUGAUGCUCUGGAUAAGAAGUUUAAUUGUUCCACUAAAGUGUGUCUCUGGGGUAAAAGAUAGUGGCCUGAAC